AUGGAAGACGAGGACUUUGCAGAGGUGUUUGACUUCCUCCGCAGCGAUCGCGAGGAUGUGCGGAAGAUGGCGGUGAAGGGCAUUGCCCAGCAGAGCAAGGACAACCCCGCGCUCUUUGCAUUUCUCUCCUCACCCACGCAUGGACCCCGCUCUUUUGACGCAAUUUUGCAGUUUCUUCACGCCGGCAGUGUUCAAAUACUGGGCGACAUCCUGACGAUUCUUAUUAACUGCUCGGUGGAGAGCCGCUGUGCCGAGGUGCUUGUCUCUUGCAAAGUUGUGCGCAAAGCAAUGCGGCUGAUUGACGGCAUUGAAAUCUCUGACCAUGCCGAUUCGCUAAAGAGGAGCCUAGAGGAGAUGACGCUUAUGCUGCUCAGCAACUUGACGGCCAGCCACAUCUCCGCGGUGGAUGAUCUGCUGCAAGUCGAUGACGAAGACCUUCACGGAUUUUAUCUUGGCAAGCUGCAUGUAUAUUACAAUCGUUUUAUCAACAAUGAGGAGAAAAGGAGUGGAGAUGAUGAUGCUGUUGAUAGCUUUAGCGGCGGCAGAGAAUUGGGGGAAGCAGCGACGGACAGGCCGCCCAUGCGGGAUCUGCAGAAGUGGAUUUUGCAGAUUUUACUCAACCUGACUCGCUCCAACGACGGCCAGGAACUCCUUGUAGACGAUGAGGACUGGGACAAGACCCUAACGGAGUGCCUCAGCUCAUCUAAUACGCGGCAUCGUCUUUUGGCGGCACAAUGCUACCGCAAUUGCAGCUUUCAGAAAGAACGCCACACGACAAUCUUGAAGGGGGAAGCUUUGCGGGUCUGCGUGGAGCGACUAUGCGACGGUGGGGAACGGGUGCCAGACGUGGAGAUGAUGUUGGCGGAGAUUGUGGCGGAGAUGCUGCGGUCGGAGGCGGGAAUGGAGUUUCUUGAGGAAGUAAAUGCGAAGAAGCACCUGCGGGCGGCGGUGACGGGAAAGAAAGUGGACAAUGCAACCGCGGAAUUCAUUGAGCGACACGUGUUGCCGUUUCUGGACGAUAUCGUCGACGCCUAUGUGGUGCCUGGAAACGCCGCCGCCGCCGAUUAA